AAAAAUGCAAAUUCAAGACGUGAAAAAGGAAAUUACUAGAGCUUAUUUUUCUCCCUUAAAAUAUUCUGUUCUUAGUUCAGCCAGUGCCAGUGGCAGUGCAUGCGGCUCAGAGUCAAGCUUUCCUGCAAAAAAUCAAAGCCAUCCAUGCCAGCAGCCAUGGAGCUCUGUUCCCUGCUCCUCCUCCUCCCUUUCCUCCUCGUCGGCUUCCUCUACCUUACCAAGCUCCGCGGCAAAGGCGGGGACGUACGGCGGCUCCCGCCCGGGCCACGGGGCUUUCCGCUCAUCGGCAACCUGCACCAGGUUGGCGCGCUCCCUCACCGCGCCCUACGCGCGCUCGCCGCGGCCCACGGCGCGCCCGAUCUCAUGCAGCUCCGCCUGGGCCAGGUCCCCGGGCUGGUCGCCUCCUCCCCGGCGGCCGCCGCUGCGCUGAUGCGCGAGCACGACAGCGCCUUCGCCACGCGCCCUUACUUCCGCACCGCCGAGAUCCUCACGUACGGCUUCCAGGACCUCGUCUUCGCGCCCCACGGCGAGCACUGGCGGCACGUCCGCCGGCUCUGCUCCGUGCACGUCCUCAGCGCCGCGCGCUCCCACCGGUACAACGGCAUGCGGGAGCGGGAGGUCGCCGCCCUGGUGCAGGCCAUCAGGGACCGCGCUUCCUCCUCCGGCGCGACGGUAGACGUGAGCAAGGCGCUCUACGGCUUCGCGAACGAGGUGAUCUGCGGGGCGGUGUCCGGGAGGGUGUCCCUGGAGAAGGAGGUAGGUAGGAGUGAGCUGUUCCGGGAGCUGAUCGAGGAGAACACGGCGCUGCUAGGCGGGUUCUGCGCGGGGGACUAUUUCCCGUCGCUAGCGUGGGUGGACGCGGCGCUGCCGGGCGCCGGCGCGAGGGCGUGGAGGAACUUCAGGCGGUGGGACGAGCUGCUCGAGAAGGUGGUCCGGGAGCACGAGGCGCGGCGACGAGACGACGGCGACGCCGAGCAGGAGGACUUCGUGGACGUGCUGCUCGCGCUGCAAGCGGAGAACCAGGACGGGUACGAGCUGACCAGGGACACCAUCAAGUCGCUCCUCUCAGACAUGUUCGCUGCAGGGACCGAGACGUCCUUCAUCGCGCUGGAGUGGGCCAUGUCGGAGCUGGUCAAGAACCCCACACCCAUGCAGAAGCUUCAGCGCGAGGUCCGCGAGGCCGCUCCGGCCACGGGCGGCGCCGUGGCGGGGGCCGACGCGCUCGGCGCAACGACGACGCCCUACCUGCGGGCCGUCGUCAAGGAGACGCUCCGUCUCCACCCGCCGGUGCCGCUCCUCCUCCCGCGCGAGUGCAUGCGCGACACCGACGUGCUGCGGUUCCACGUCGCCAGGGGUACCCGCGUGUUCGUCAACGCCUGGGCCUUGAACCGCGACCCGGCGUCGUGGCGCGCGCCCGACGAGUUCCGGCCCGAGAGGUUCCUGGCGGAGAGCGAGGAGGCGGACGUGGACUUCAGGGGCGCGCACUUCCAGUUCGUACCGUUCGGCGCAGGGCGGCGGGUCUGCCCCGGGAUGCAGUUCGGGCUCGCCACUGUCGAGCUCGCGCUGGCGAACCUUGUGCGCCUGUUCGACUGGGAGCUCCCGGACGGCGCGGCGGCAGGGGAGCUCGACAUGUCGGACGCGCCCGGGCUGACCACGCCCAGGCGGGUGCCCCUCCGGCUCGUCGCCACGCCGGUCGGAUGACUAGUUGACCACAGUUCGUAGCGUUGGUCUGUCUGUUGUUCUGCCGUGAAUAACAAGGGAAAUCGAUCGCUGCUCCGAGCGUCCGCGCACCACUCCUUCCACGGUUCCGCGACCGAGGCCUGUGCAGAUCGUUCCACCGGCGCUGUGUUAAGAAAUCCCUAAUUGAGCGAUUUUGUGGACUUCAUACCGUAACUACCCUGAUGGGUUCUCCCUCUAUAUAUACUACAUCAUUGUAUUUAUCUGAAUACUAAUGAGAGAAGGCCCGAA